CACAAGAGUAAAGGAGAAACGAAAAAGUAGCGCAUGAAAAAAUGACCAGACAGAAAUUCGCAUCCACGUUCCAUAGCAGCCAAUACGUUCCGAAACAUCAAAUUUCAGCAAAAAGUAAUGGCCGUAGCUCCGGCAAUAACCGGCCUCCGGCCAACUCUCCUCUUCUACUACAUGUUCACCACCGUAGUCAUCCACGUCGCAGUGACAUUUUCCAUGUCAGAAGCUGAAGCUUUACUGACCCUCAAAAACUCAUUCUCCAAUGCCCAAGCGUUAGGUAGUUGGGUGGCUAACUCUGUUCCGUGCUCUAAAGACCAUCAAUGGGAUGGUGUUGUCUGCGUCAACGGAUUAGUCUCAGGCAUAAUCGCUAAAACCUCGAUUUAACUCUUAAAAUCUUCUAAUAUUAUAACUUUAAAUAAGUCAAUGCAUUUUAUAAAAUUUGUAUUAAGUCAAUCAAUUUAGAUUUAAACUAUUUAAAUCUUGUUCCGAUUUCAUAUUUUAUGUCCUUAAGGAUUUCUCUACCAACUCUCAGGGCUUCGUCUUGGAGGAAUGGGGCUAUUGGGUGAAAUAGACGUUGAUACAUUGCUCGAACUCAAGAAUCUCAGAACCAUCAGCCUUGUGAACAACUCUUUCUCAGGUUCAAUUCCGCAGCUCAACAGAAUAGGAUUCUUGAAGGCCAUGUAUUUGUCAGGAAACAAAUUCUCUGGGAAUAUUCCCACAGAUUAUUUUCAGAGAAUGAGGUCUCUGAAGAAAUUGUGGCUUUCUAACAACGAAUUCACAGGUCAAAUCCCAGCAUCAUUAGCCGAGAUCCCUCAGCUUGUUGAGUUGCAUCUGGAGAAUAAUCAGUUUAGUGGAAACAUCCCAAAUCUUGCGAAUCCUUCAUUGGUGGACCUCGAUUUGUCAUAUAACAAAUUGGAAGGUGAAGUUCCACAGGCUUUAUCGAAGUUCGAUGAGAGUUCUUUCGCAGGAAAUGAUGGUAUUUGUGGUAAAAAGAUUGGGAAGCCAUGUGAGAAGCUUCCAGAAGAGACGGUUAUUCCCCUGCCUGUGACGAAUGGGAGCUGGAACAACAAACUGCAGAUUGCUGGCUUUGCCUUAACGAGCUUGUUGCUUGUGGCGCUUAUUGUUUUCUUCAUUGUCCGGUCGAAGCGGAAUAAGGACAAUGAGGAGUUUGGUAGGUUUAGAAACAACGGUAGUAUUGCCGGAGAGUCCGUGGAGGUUCAGGUGAGUCAGCCGGUGAAAAGAGAAGGGGCACCGGCGGUGACAACGGUAGUUAGCAGAAAAGGAUCAAGUAAGAGAGGAUCUUGUCAUGGAGGAAGCAAGGGGGUAGGGGAGCUUGUGGUUGUGAAUGAUGAGAAGGGGGUUUUCGGGUUGUCAGAUUUGAUGAAGGCGGCGGCGGAAGUGCUAGGAAAUGGUGGGCUUGGGUCAUGUUAUAAAGCUGUGAUGUCUAAUGGGGUGGCGGUGGUGGUGAAGAGGACAAGGGAGAUGAAUGCGUUGGAGAAAAAAAGUUUUGAUGCUGAGAUUUGUAGGCUUGGGAGGCUAAAACAUUUGAAUAUCUUAACCCCUUUGGCUUACCAUUUCAGAAAGGAUGAGAAACUAAUUAUGUCCGAGUAUGUCCCUGGGAGCAGUCUAUUGUUUUUGCUUCAUGGUGACAGGGGACCAUCUCAUGCUGAAUUGGAUUGGCCAGCACGUUUAAAGAUUGUAAGGGGAAUUGCUGAAGGGAUGCGUUAUCUUCACACAGAACUAGCUUCUUCUAAUGUACCCCAUGGCAAUCUCAAGUCUAGUAAUGUUUUAUUAGGACCAGAUUACCAGCCAAUGCUUGUAGAUUAUGGAUUUAGCCAAAUGGUUAAUCCUUCCACUGCAACACAAGCUCUUUUUGCUUAUAAGGCUCCAGAAGCCGCACGAGGCCAAGUUUCACAUAAAAGUGACGUGUAUUGUCUUGGAGUUGUUAUACUCGAGAUCCUCACCGGAAAAUUCCCUUCUCAAUAUCUUAGCAACAAGAAGGGCGGAAUCGACGUAGUCGAAUGGGUUACGUCAGCAAUUUCUGAGGGAAGGGAGUCAGAGUUGCUUGAUCCUCAGAUUGCAAACAACAAAAUUUCAAUAGGCCAAAUGGUCCAACUUCUUCAUGUAGGUGCUGCUUGCACAGAAAGUAACCCCGAACAACGAAUCGACAUCAAGGAGGCCAUAAGAAGAAUAGAAGAGAUAGCAAGGCAGAGUGGAACAACAGAGGUCGUAACAUCUCUCAAAGAUGGCUUUGCAGAUUCCAAUAUGUCACGGAAUCAAGGACAAGGUGAGGAAUAUCAGAAGAGACAUAUGGAUGGUUCAGAAAGCUUUGGAAGCCAAGACUAUUAUGAAUUUGGCUCCUUCUCCUCAUAUAAUACAACAGCCUAAGUAACUAAAAAUAAAAGAUUUAUAUAUCUAAAAUUCAUGUUGAUUUAUUAUUGAGUGAAUUUUAUAAAUUAUGUUAUAUGUACAUAA